UACAAUGAAUUUAAUAUUCCAUUUACGAGUGUUAUCGUUAAAAAAACCGUCUUAAAUUACCAUGUAGUUGCGCGAUUUAAUACGUAUUUUAUUAUUAUUCUGCUUGCGAUUUGCCAUUAACUUUUUGAUUCUCUACCGCCAAAAAGAAAACGGCGUUCCAGAAGGGCCUCAACGGCUUGGAACUCUAAGGACAGACAAAAGCUGGUUGCAGUAACAAUGGCCUGGAACUGUAAAGGUAGACAAGAGCUGGUUACUGCGACACCCGCACAUCUGUUUUUGUUUGGCACGCUGAUUUGGUUUGGAUAAGAUGGAAAAUUGCAUUAAUUGCGAGGAAAACACGCGAAAAUACAAGUGCAGCAAGUGCUCGGCGCCUUACUGUUCUGUGGCCUGUUAUAAGGCCCACAAGGAUUCGCCGCAAUGCUUGGCCAAGGAUUUGGUUAAAGAAAAGGAGAAAUCUGCCUUCCACGAGGAACCUACGCUCCAUGUUCCCUUCACCACCGACGACACUGUGCCCAUGGAGAAGCUGCAGCAAUUAGAAAACUGCCCUAAUCUGCGAAACUUGCUCCACAAUCCGCACUUGCGCUCGCUGCUCCAACAGAUUGAUGUGGCCAUCAAUGCCCAGACGGCCAUGAUGGCCGGCAUGCAGGAGCCUCUGUUUCUGGAGUUCGCAAAUGCCUGUCUGCAGGUCGUGGAACCCAUGUCGGAUGCGGAGCGCGCUGAAUUCGAGUUGUGCUCCUAAAAACCAACCAGUAUCUCAAUAAAAACAGCCAUAUAUUUUGUAA